UCCGUGUAUACAAGUCUGCGCUCUCAUUCAUAAGGAGUGUUAAACGUUAGCAGUUCCUGCCGACAGCCAGCCAGAGUCACAUCCUCCUCACAACUUGACCCUGUACAUCAGUAGCCACCAUGGCAGAAGCGCACCAGGCGGUGGCCUUUCAGUUCACAGUCACCCCUGAAGGCAUUGAUCUACACCUGUCUCAUGAGGCUCUUCGCCAAGUCUACCUCUCUGGCAUCCACUCCUGGAAGAAAAGAUUUGUUCGCUUCAAGAAUGGGAUAAUGACUGGUGUGUACCCGGGCAGCCCAGCUGGGUUCUCCAUAGUGGUUGGGUCCUACAUGGCUUACAAUAAAUUUAAACAGCUGGAUCCAUCUUUGGGGCUGUUUACCAAGCUGGGUCAGCAUAUGCCCAUCAGCCGAUAUAUGUCCACAGACAGCCAGAGGAUAGUCGGAGGAAUUCUAGUGGGCACGAGCCUGUGGGUUACCAUAAUAAUGAUUAUGAGGACUGUCCUCAAGUCCUUGCUGUCAUGGCAUGGAUGGAUGGAAGAACGUCAUGGCUCCUUGUCCUGGUCGAGUCGCAUUUGGAUGGUUCUAGUGAAGGUGUUCUCUGGCCGGAAACCAAUGCUGUACAGUUUCCAGAACUCUCUGCCACGACUACCUGUUCCUUCUAUCAAGGACACCUGCAAAAGGUACUUGGAGUCAGUGCGCCCACUGAUGGAUGAUCAGCAGUUUGAACGAAUGAAAGGCCUGACUCAAGACUUUGAGAAGAAUCUGGGUCCGAGGCUGCAGUGGUACCUUAAACUCAAGUCCUGGUGGGCGUCCAACUAUGUCAGUGACUGGUGGGAAGAGUAUAUUUACCUGAGAGGCCGUGGACCUAUCAUGGUGAACAGUAACUAUUAUGCCAUGGAUUUCCUGUACGUGUUCCCGACCUCCGUCCAGGCUGCCAGGGCAGGUAACGCCAUUCAUUCUAUCAUGCUGUACAGGAGAAAACUGGACAGAGCUCAGAUCAAACCUAUAUACUUGCUGGCGAACAAGGUUCCUCUGUGUUCAGCUCAGUGGGAGAGAAUGUUUAACACCUCCCGCAUCCCCGGUUUGGAGACAGACACCCUUCAGCACGUGAAUGAGAGCAAACACAUAGUUGUGUACCAUAAGGGACGUUACUUCAAGGUGUGGAUGUUUUAUGAUGGCCGGCUGCUGUUGCCACGGGAGAUCGAGCAGCAGAUGGAGAGGAUCUUGGCAGACAAGUCGGAGCCCUUGCCAGGAGAGGAGAGACUAGCAGCACUCACUGCAGGGGAUAGGACACCGUGGGCAAAGGCCCGUGAGAUGUUCUUCAGCCGUGGAAAGAACAAGCAGUCUCUGGAUGCUGUAGAAAAGGCAGCCUUCUUCCUCACCCUCGAUGAUACAGAGCAGCGCUACGAUGCAAAAAACCCAGUCAAGUCUCUGGACAUUUAUGCCAAGUCCCUGCUCCAUGGAAAAUGCUACGACAGGUGGUUUGAUAAGUCCUUUAAUAUGAUAGUUUACAAGAAUGGUACGAUGGGACUGAAUGCAGAGCAUUCCUGGGCAGAUGCUCCGAUUGUUGGCCAUCUGUGGGAGCAUGUACUUUCCAUGGAUCCAAAGCUGGGAUACACUGAAGAUGGUCACUGUGUUGGGAAGCCCCAUCCUAACCUGCCCGGCCCUCAAAGGCUGCAGUGGACCAUCCCUGCUGAGUGCCAGGAGGCCAUCGAGAGUUCUUUGACAGUAGCCAAAGCUCUGGCAGAUGACGUGGACUGUCACAUUAUCCCCUUCACUGACUUUGGAAAGGGGCUGAUUAAGAAAUGCCGCACCAGUCCUGAUGCCUUCAUCCAGAUUGCCCUGCAGCUGGCCCAUUACAGAGACAAAGGGAAGUUUUGCCUGACUUAUGAAGCCUCCAUGACUCGUAUGUUCAGGGAAGGUCGAACAGAAACGGUGCGCUCCUGCACCGUGGAGACUUGUGCCUUUGUUCGUGCCAUGGUCGGAGAUGAGACAAGAGAAGAGCGUCUGAGGUUGCUCAAGCUGGCGGCAGAAAAACACCAAAACUUGUACCGUUUGGCAAUGACAGGACAGGGCAUCGAUCGCCACCUUUUCUGCCUCUAUGUGGUUUCCAAAUACCUCGGAGAGGAUUCACCCUUCCUGAAGGAGGUCCUGUCUGAGCCAUGGAAGCUAUCCACCAGCCAGACUCCUCUGCAGCAGGUUGAGCUGUUCGAUCUGGUCAGACACCCAGAAUAUGUGUCCUCUGGAGGUGGUUUUGGUCCAGUGGCUGAUGAUGGUUAUGGCAUCUCCUACAUCAUUCUUGGUGAGAACCACAUCAACUUCCACAUCUCCAGCAAACACUCAAGCCCAGAAACUGACUCGCAUCGUUUUGGGACCAACAUCAGACAGGCCAUGCUGGACAUCCUGGGUCUCUUUGAGCUCAACAACAAAGCUUCCAAGUGAUGGCUGUCUUUGCUGGUGGAAGGCUAUGAGUAACAUAUAUUCAAAAAAAGGUUGUACAGAGUCACUUGUUGGUUUAGAGGUUAUAUUUAUGUUAAUUGAUGUUACAAAAAUAAGGAUGAUUGAAAGGAAGCAUUAUCGUUAAUACGUUUGCAAGGAACUUAUGUAAGCUGUAUAUUUAGGCGUAGCGAGUAACCGGUGGUGUUGGGUACAGGUAAUGCACAGAUCAAAGUUGGUUUUGGUUUUUUUCACAAGACUGUACAUACCGGUGCCUUACUGACCCACUAAUGUAAAAAGGGCAGAAAGGGCGUCUGAGAUCAAAUCUGCAUUAACAUAUUUCAGCUAAAGGCUUGUUCAGUGGCAUCAUCAAAUACUUGAAUUGCAUUUUAAGUUGCAUGAUGGUGCAAUAUCUUUAUUUCUGUUCCCAUCCAAUGCGUUAGCUUUGUCCUUAAGUUUCUUUAAUGUCUUGCAGUUGCAGCUCCUGAAGCACUGACCAAAGCAGCAAACUUGAUGUUGAAUUUCAUUAAAUUUGCAUGCUGUGUGUGCUCUCCAUUAUUUCAUAAAGUGAGGUUUAAAGAGAGGAUGAUUCUGAACGUUUAGCAGCUAUACCCAGUAAUUUCACACAGACAGGAGUAAAGUAAGGUGUCUGUGAUUGCAAAAGUUAUAAACAUUCAGCUUGGAUCAGAGUAGCGAGCCUUGCAUCACUGUAAUGUUGAAUAUCAACACGUUGCUACUGUCUUUUCUUAUUCCAAGUGCACAGCCAGUGUUUUUGUUCAGGUUUGGCGUCUAUGACUCUUAUUAAGUGGCGACAAAGGCACAUGAUUUUUUCUUGUUCGUUGUUUUCAUACUCAGGUUUUGCUAACUUGGCCUAGUGUCCUAGGGUGCUGGCUACAACACUGAAAACGAGUGCUUUUGCUAACAUGUAAAUGUGCAACACUAGAUGUUGAAAUGCAGUACAAUGCCAAUGUGAUUCCAGUGAGAUCUUAGAUAGCAUAGCGUGAAGUUUGCUGUUGAAGUGAGAGUUCGUAAGACAGGGAGGUGUGCGUCUGGAUUGAAUCUGACAGCGUGAGGUCAACAGUGACUUUACUUCUUUUGUGAGGGGUUGAGGGGGGGGGAAAUCGCCAAUUAACUGUACUUUAGCUCUGUUGCGCACUCCAUCUCUGACCCUAUCGUUCAAACCUAGGAACUCCAGACUACCCGUACAGCCUUUUGUCACCUCAAAAAAAUUCUGUAAACUUUUAUGAGCAAUCGGAUUGUUGGUUAUAUCAAAGCAGUGUUGCAGCUGUUGUUUUUAAGUCAAGAAAAUCACAUAGUCGGUUUUUUGGUCUCUUCAGUAAAGUUGGAUAUCAUUUCUUCUCUUCAGCUAUUUUUUAAGAAAUGCAUGUUUCUAGUCAUGUAUAGGAAUGCAUUUUUUAAAUAAUGUAUAUGUUGUCAGUCCAUCAUAUUUAUUUUUUCAGGUUUUAGCUUCUGUAUUUUAACACAUCUUGGUUAUUUGACAGCGGAUCAUCACAAAUGAUGACCCCUAAGUUAAGGUUUUGCUGGUUUAAGAAAAAACAUGGACAAAAUGCUUCCUUUUCUUUUGUCAUGACAGUUUUGUUAUCCCAGACUAGUUUUAUCUAGACCUCAUGUUUACACUGCUGCAUGUUUUUGAAGAUGAAGCUGUAUAUGUUUGCCUUUAAUUUAAAGAAUUGUUAAAAGACAAGCAGCUGAUAUACCAAAUUAUGUUUGAACAAUAAAGUAAAUGUCAGAUGGCUGCAUCACC